UUCGCAGUUCUCAUUUUGAUAGGCGCGAAGUGGCAAUGGAAGAUGGAUGGUUGAAGUGUAUUUAAGUAACUGCCGACAUUUUGUUUUCGUUGUUUAAAUGAAAGUAAGAAGAAAAAAAUGUUGAAAUGAAAAUUUGGUGAUUGGAUUUGAAGCACGAUGACUGCGUUUAUGCAAAGAAAUGAAUCGUCUUUUCUGGCAAAUGGAGCCAUGAAGCCCUAUGGAGAAAUUGGGUUUGCAACCCUGCCAGAACAGGUCCACAGAAAAUCAGUGAAGAAAGGAUUUGAUUUCACCCUUAUUGUAGUUGGUGAAACUGGUCUGGGGAAGUCAACACUCAUCAACAGUUUGUUUCUCACAGAUCUGUACAAAGACAGAAAAAUCCUCAGCGUUGAAGAGCGUGUCGACCGAACGGUGGAUAUAGAGAAGACAACCAUAGACAUUGAGGAGAAGGGAGUCAAACUUCGACUGACAGUUAUCGACACUCCAGGAUUUGGCGAUGCCAUCAAUUGUGAAGAAAACUGGAAAACGAUUGAAAGGUAUAUUGAUGAACAGUUCAAUCAGUUCUUCAAAGAUGAAAGCGGCUUGAAUCGAAAGAAUAUUAUUGACAACCGAGUCCAUUGUUGUUUAUACUUCAUUCCUCCAUAUGGACACGGGUUAAGGCAACUGGAUGUUGAAUUCAUGAAAAGACUGCACAGUAAAGUUAACAUUGUACCAAUUAUUGCAAAAGCAGAUACACUUACUCCAAUUGAGGUCAGAAAAUUGAAAGAUACUAUUCUGCGAGAAGUAGAAGAACAGCAGAUUAAAAUUUAUCAAUUACCAGAGUGUGACAGUGAUGAAGAUGAAGAGUUCAAACAACAAGACAAAGAAUUAAAAGAGAGCAUACCAUUUGCUGUCAUCGGAAGUACGCAAAUCGUAGAAAUAAAUGGUCGAAAGGUCAGAGGGAGGCUAUAUCCUUGGGGUAUAGUUGAAGUGGAAAAUCCUAAACACAGUGACUUCUUAAAGCUAAGAACAUUCUUAAUAAGCACACAUAUGCAGGAUUUGAAAGAUGUCACCAGAGAUGUCCAUUAUGAAAAUUACAGAGCACAAUAUAUCACUAAAAUUUCUCAGCAAGCAGCAAGAGAGAGAAAUAAACUCAGGCGAGACUCUGGACCAAAUUUUGAAGCAGUAGCGGAAACAGAUCGAUUACUGCAACAAAAGGAAGAAGAGAUUCGAAAGAUGCAAGAUAUGCUACAGCAGAUGCAACAGAAACUCCGAGCUGCUGGUACAGAAGAAGGACAGAAAGAGGAAGCUCGUGAACUGAAUUUUUAAAAUCUCAUCACAAUAUGAGCAACAACUCAUAAGAUGAAGUUAUUUUUAAAAAAAAUAUUGCAUGAAAACCAAAGAUUAAGUGACAUAAAGACCUUUGAAGUGAAAUACAAGAAUUUGAUGUUAAGACUUUCUAUUUAUAGACUAAUGUGUCAGCUGUGACUGAAUCUGUAAUAAUUCACUAUUAAAGUGCAGUAUGAUUUUGUUGCAUAUUGAACAUCGCAUCACAUAAAAUGUUUAGAUCUGAUGUUAGAUUUUUUUGUACAUAUUACCAUUUCUUUUUGCAAAGUCAAGAUUUAUUGUUACUGUUUUUUGAUAAUGGUAAAAUUUAGUAUCACUUCAGUGAUGUUUUU